AUGUCGAAUGCCAACCCCAAUGACAACAACAACGAGCAGCCCCCAGCCGCCAAGAGGCAGCGAUUGUCAGAUGUUGCAAGUAAAGAUGAAAGUACUUUGAAUGAGAUUUCGACUACUAUGGACAGCAGUGAGGGUGAGGUCGGCGGGUCCUCGGGUGGUGGCGUCUCCGAUCUUCGUGAGCGACUGCAUAACAUACUGGUAAACUACGAUCAGGAGCAGAAUCUGGUGGUGCGCCAGACGCUCUGGGAGCUACCCAUCAGCUGCCCCAGCUGCAAUGACCAGUUCUCAGAUAGGAAAGAUCUCUCCAGACACUUGGAGUUCGUUUGUGAGGGGCGUGUGGUUUGCUGGAAGUACCACUGCGUGGGCUGUUCUUGGAAGGGCUCCUACAAGGACAGCGUCUCACAUGAUUCCGACUGUGGGUUUCCCCAGAAGCAGGGAAAGGAGAUCCUAGAUAUUCUGCUGCAUGUCGAAGACAGGGAGCUUGAGGCCCAAAAGCCCGUGUUGCAGCUCCAUCGGGUGCUGAGUGCUAGCCGGGUGGAAUUUUUCACCUUGAGAAUGAAGUGGAUACACCGCUCAGAGGGUUUACACCCACGGACCCUCGAGUCUGAGACGAUUCGUGCCUUUGAGGAGGAUUGGGUGCUGCGUCUACGUCUGAAAAGAGCUGGGGAAAAAAUCACCGUCAGCGGCCAGCUAUUGCUUUCGACUACCCCACGAGUGUCCCUCAUGGUUGACCAUUUGAUCCAGAUGCCGCAGAGUGUCUGCAGCGCCAAGCAGCUGCACGACAUACGCCCGCGUAUCUACCGCCAUAUUUUCGAUUCAACCGGCAAGUGCGCAAAGCGCCAGGAGCUUCCCUUGGCGGGACCUCAGGCCCUGUACCGGCUAUUUGCCAUGACCCGGAUCCAGCUCCGUUUGUGGAUGUUUUUGCAUUAUUGA